AUGGUUUUAGUGCUAGUGCUCGGCGACAUUCACAUUCCACAGCGGGCAGCGGACAUCCCCACAAAGUUCCGCAAGCUACUGGUCCCAGGGAAGAUCCAGCAAAUAAUCUGCACUGGCAACGUCUGCGACCGGGCUACAUACGAGUAUCUGCGGAGCGUAUCGUCGGACCUGCACAUUGUGCGCGGCGAGUUCGACGAGGAGUCGUAUAAUUUCCCCAAUACCGAGGUGAUAGAGCACGAGGACAUCCGGGUGGGCGUGAUCCACGGGCACCAGCUGGUGCCGGCAAACGGUGAUGUGGAUACAUUGGCGGCAGUUGCGCGGCAGAUGGACGUGGAUGUGUUGCUGAGCGGCAAUACGCAUAGGUUUGAGGCGUAUGAGGAGCAGGGCAAGUUCUUUAUUAACCCGGGCAGCAUCACCGGAGCAUUCAGCCCGCAGGAGCCGAGUCCGAUUCCGUCGUUCGUGCUGAUGGACAUUAAGCGCGGACAGGUGGUUACAUACGUGUACCAGCUGGUCAACGACGAUGUGAGCGUCGACCGGAUCGAGUACACAAAGUACGAAGAGUAA